UUUACUGCUAAGAUGAAAUGCAGAAAUGAAAGCCACACAUCCAUUUUAGUAUUCUCAGAUGUGAUUAAAUGUACUUUAUCAUGUUUUUGUGCUACUGACCUGUAAGGAAAACAAACACUAAAAAGGGAUAACAGUACAGCUAGGACCUGCAGGAUCGAUACUUCUGGGAUGAACUGGAACAUCACAAGGAGAGAUUUUUUUAUUCCAGCGUAUUCACAGCUCUUCUGAGGCCUCACCCUAGAUUCGUACACAUUUCUUUCAUCAACAGUCAUCACAGGACACUUUAUUUCUCAGGAUGGCAGACGGUCUCCCUACAGAGUUUGAUGUGGUUAUUAUAGGGACAGGUUUACCUGAAUCCAUCCUUGCAGCUGCAUGUUCAAGAAGUGGUCAGAGGGUUCUGCAUAUUGAUUCAAGAAGUUACUAUGGAGGAAACUGGGCUAGCUUCACCUUUUCAGGAUUGCUCUCCUGGUUGAAGGAGUAUCAGCAAAACAGUGACAUUGGAGACAAAAGUACUGCUACAUGGCAAGAUCUGAUCCAUGAGACAGAAGAAGCCAUCACUCUUCAUAGGAAGGAUGAAACCAUUCAACACACAGAAGUGUUUUGUUAUGUCCGUCAGGACAUGGAUGACAAUAUUGAAGAGAUUGAUGAUCUGCAGAAAAAUCCUUCCUUGGUGACAUCUGGUACCCUUUCUAAACUUCUGGAUUCUGCAUGCUUGUCUGAAGAAAUGCACUCAUUAUAUGGUACGAGCCACGGAAUAUCUGCCAAAGAAAUUCCAAAAAAUGAUGGAGAGAUUUUACUAGAAGUAACUGGUAUAGAGGAAUCUCAGGUGAAAGAAAAAUAUUAUGGAGAUAAAACUUGUAUACACACCUUUGCAGAUGGAGAUAAAGAUGAAAACAAACCUAUAGUGGAAGACAACACUGAUCUACCAAAGAGAAAUAGGAUUACUUACUCUCAAUUAGUUAAAGAAGGUCGAAAGUUUAAUAUUGACUUGGUAUCAAAGCUGCUAUAUUCUCAAGGAUUGCUGAUUGAUCUUUUAAUCAAAUCAAAUGUUAGUCGUUAUGCUGAAUUUAAAAAUGUCACUAGGAUUCUUACAUUUCGAGAAGGAAAAGUAGAACAGGUGCCUUGUUCCAGAGCAGAUGUAUUUAAUAACAAAGAACUCACUAUGGUUGAAAAGAGAAUGCUAAUGAAGUUUCUUACAUUUUGUUUAGACUAUGAACAACAUCCUGAUGAAUACCAAGAUUUUACACAGUGCUCAUUUUCAGAGUACUUAAAAACUAAAAAAUUAACCCCCAACCUUCAACAUUUUGUACUACACUCCAUUGCAAUGACAGAGUCAUCCUGUACUACAAUAGAUGGCCUUAAAGCAACAAAAAACUUUCUUCAGUGUCUUGGACGGUUUGGCAAUACUCCGUUUUUAUUUCCUUUGUAUGGCCAAGGGGAAAUUCCCCAGUGUUUCUGCAGGAUGUGUGCAGUUUUUGGUGGAAUCUAUUGUCUUCGCCAUAAAGUACAAUGCCUUGUAGUUGACAAAGAAUCUGGAAGAUGUAAAGCAAUCAUAGAUCACUUUGGUCAAAGAAUAAAUGCUAAGUAUUUUAUUGUGGAGGAUAGCUACCUUUCUGAGGAAACAUGUUCUAAUGUGCAGUACAAGCAGAUCUCCAGGGCAGUGCUCAUUACAGAUCAGUCUGUACUAAAGACAGAUUCAGAUCAGCACAUUUCCAUUUUGAUAGUGCCUCCAGCGGAACCCGGGAUGUGUGCUGUUCGGGUCACUGAAUUAUGUUCUUCAACUAUGACAUGCAUGAAAGACACCCAUCUGGUACAUCUGACCUGUUCAUCUUCUAAAACAGCAAGAGAAGACUUAGAAUCAGUGGUAAAGAAAUUGUUCACCCCAUAUGCUGAGACCGAAAUAGAUAGGGAAGAACUUACAAAGCCAAGACUCUUGUGGGCUCUCUAUUUUAAUAUGAGAGAUUCCUCAGGAAUCAGCAGAAGCUCAUAUAGCGGCUUACCUUCCAAUGUAUAUGUCUGCUCUGGGCCUGACUGUGCACUAGGAAAUGAGCACGCAGUCAAGCAAGCUGAAACACUUUUCCAGGAGAUCUUCCCAGGUGAAGAAUUCUGCCCCCCACCUCCAAAUCCAGAAGACAUUGUCUUUGAUGGUGAUGACAAGCAACCAGAGGCUCCUGGAACCAAUAAUAUAAUCAUGGCCAAACUAGAAUCCUCUGAAUGAAGCAAAAACCUAGAAAGCCCAGGGAAGCACCUUCAACAUUAGAAAAAAGCGAACUGGAACUGCUACUUUGGGCCUUCAUCCUAGCAUCAGAAUAUUCUCAUUGAAAGGACAGUUUCCUACACAAGUAAAUUAGAAGUGGUUAUAUGAUGCGUGCUAUGCAGAUGUUGUCUUUAAUUCUGUUUGAGACAUUCAGUCAUUGAAUGUCUUUGUUAAUCUAUAAGUAACUGAUUUAUUGGUUAUUGGACUUUGUUUGUUUCAGAAUGUACUCCAUGACCCAGAAUCUUAAACAGGGUUAGCUUUAUUUUAGUAUUGAUAUGUAUGUGAGGAUUCCAUAUUAGCAACUGUGCUUAAAGGAAGGUAAUAUUGUAUCUGCUAAUGACCUUCAGAUUUUAUUGUGACAUUGACAAUAUCUAAGGAAUAUUUUACUUUGCAUCUAUUGUAGUUGCUACCACCUCUGAAUAAAACACACACAGAGUAAAUUAUGUGGGUCUUUUGUAUAUAAUAUAAACAUAUACAUGGUAACAAUAACAAUUAAUACAAAUGCCAAUAUGAUAAAAUACAUUUGUCUAAUUAAAAGGUUAGCUUUGCAUGAUCUUUUAUUUGUGAAGGUCUGACGUUUACAGUAAGUCUUGUGGUUUAAUUCUCCUGCUUGACCCUUGUAACCGAUGAGUCAAUGUUACCACCACAAUCUCCUCCUUUAGAAAAAGUGCCAGAGAGCUCAGUUAGUUGUUGAAGAGCUCAUUCUUUGGAGCUUCUGUCCAAAGAAAGUCUAGGGGAUAACAUUAGUUCUGAUUUAAUACUUCAGAAAAUUUCUGCAGAGUCCAACUCUGGCACCUAAAAGAAAAGAAUUUCCAAUAAGUAACUCAGGCCAAAAGAAAAAAAUAAAUUGCCCCAGGAAAUAGAUACUUCAGACGGAUGGUUCUGAAAUUUCAAGGAGAAACCAAGUGAGUCGUUUUUAACCUGGGAUUGAUUUCCUGAGAUUUUUCAGUGAAAAUUAACUUUCCACCUUGUUGGCUCUCCCUCUGUAAUUAACAGCACUAAUUACAACUGGUAGGAGUGAAUCAGAGGAGGAUUUACCACGUCCCUUUGGUUGUGUCCCACGCCACAAAUAAUAAGGUAACCACCUCCAUAAUUUCUUCUGCUUCUUGGCGGUUAUCUAGAAGACAGAAAUAUUUGUUUUUCACAAAACCACCAGAAGUCAUAAAGCUGUUGUUACUCCAGUGUUGGAAGCCUGUGGAGCCAUCAGAAGAGGCAAACUUCCUUCCCUUUUAGUCCCCUGUUUCCAUUUCUCAGAGAAUAGUCAUCUUGUAGGAAGAGAGCCCUUCUGUGACAGUUUUUGUUCUGGAACGAAGCAUUUACUACAUGCUAGGCACUCACUGUGCUUUUUCAUUACAGAUUCUCAACAACCCUGUGAGGCAGAUGUUAUUGAACAUAUUUGCAAAGAGGUAAUAAAGACAAUUAAUAAUUUGCUCAGAGUUUGAUAUGUGGAAAAGCCAACAUUGGAAUCCAGGCUUUCAUGAUUUCAAAAUCUUUCCACUAACGUUAACUGUUAGAAGAGUGCAGUUACUGUAGAAGAAAAAAUGCUGAUGAAAAUCAGUCUAGUGUUACUGGGGAAGAAAAGUAUACAGAAGUUGGUCUCUCACUUUAUUGAAUCAGAAAUAUGUUAAGAUUAAGGUAAUUGAAAAUAAAUAUAGCUUAGAGUUAUGGAUCUCAUGAAGCAGAAUUUGGCUACUUUUUCAUAAAGUAAUGCUUUUUAAUAAUGUGUUCUGUGAUGUGAACAUCAUGUUAUAAAAAAUACAGAUGUUACUAGGGCAAAAUAUAUUCUGAAUAGCCUUUUGUCGCUCUUCCAUAUGUGAGGAAAAUAAAACAAGAAAGAUGUAAGUAAUUUACACCUUACUAAAAGUAGAGAAGCCAUGAAUUAGAGGAUAUAUUUGAAUACAGUAAAGUGGUAUUAUUGGGUGGAUCCUAAGUUUCAAAUCUAGUGAAACUGCCUGAAAUAAACCUAAAAAUUAGUCAUUAAAAUGAAGAAGAAUUUAAGAUAAAUAAAAUGGAGGUGAAGGUAAUCCAGACCUAUUGAAAAAAACUUCAAUUUCAAUACAUUAUUCGUAAGAAUUUAAGAAAAGGAACAAUGAGAAGUUGCAAAAGAUGGGAGAGCCAAACAUAAUGGACACAGGAAAAAUGUGAUAAACUAACCACAUAGAAGGGUGGUUUUAAAAACUUAAUAAAGUGAAUAUAUUCCCUUCUUAACUUGAAAGCAAAAUAAAAUGGAAAUGAGAACAGUUAUAAUAAAAAGCAUUAAGCAUAUUAGGUGAGAUGCUUCCUUUAAGGAUGGCAGGGCAGGUAAAUGCCAUGCUCGCCUCCUCCAAGACCACAUCAAAAUCACUAAACUACAGAACAGCCAUCAUUGAGAAUCACCGGAAGGCUAGUUGAACCAAAGUCCUACGACUAAGGACACAUAGAAGAAGCCACAUGGAGACUGGUAGGAGGGGUAGAAAUGCAGAACAGGCUGGUCCAACAUCCAUGUGUGGUGGUUAAGAUGUGGGAGGGAUCUCUCAGCUGCAGACCUCUGAGAGAGAUCUCUCACAGGGAUCUCUCUGAGGAGGGUGGGCACCCAGCCCCACACCAGGCACCCUAGUCCAAAGCUCCAGUUCCGGGGAGAAAAGUCUCCAGAAUACCUGGCUGUGAAAACCAGUGGAGAUUGUGGCCGAGUGAGACGGAGGGCAGCUGGAUUCCCAGGCGUUCCUCUCAAAGACACCACACGUGGACUUACCGCUAACAGACUCUUUCGCUCUGAGCUCCAGUGCUCCAGGGACAUACAGGGGAGGAACUGAAUUGUCUGGCUUCAGAGUGAAGGCUGGAGGGGUAGCACCCUACAGAGGGAAGUGCUGGCAGAAGCCAUUGUUCCUUGGUUGUGCCCUCUCCCCAACUAGCCUGGAGGUGAAGGAGGGUGCCAUACCUGAAUCUCCAUCAACCUUGCUAACGCCGAUCACCCUACCUUGGUGAUUCUCUGAGACCCCUUUCCCCCAACUUGCAGGCCCACCCAGGCCACUUCCAGUGGCGUUUCUGUAUGAAUGUCCUGUCUUGGCUUAUGCUUUGGAUUUUCUUAAAAUCUCUCAAAGGUUCACAAACUCCAAACGAGCAGCAUCUGUCCUUGGUGUGCUUUGUGCCUCUUGCUGAGCAGCUCCAAGCCCACACUAGCAGCAGCCGGCCUCCGUUCACAGCUUAGCCUCUUCCAGGCACCACCAAGCCCAGCACAAGCAGCAACCAUCUGCAGAUCC